AUAACUUAGUUAUUCAAAAUGGAGAAAUUACUACAUGGACUCGUCCAAUACAAUGCAUCUGGGAUGCCUAAGGAAAAUGUUCCUUUACAAAGAAUAGACAUCAAGGUGACUGUCGUCGGUUUUGUUGCCAGUGUAGAAUCGGAUCUUUAUUACAUCAACAACUCUACAGAAGCUGUCCAGACAGAGUUUGUGUUUCCACUGGAUGCUGAUUCGGCGGUCUACAAGUUUGAGGCGGAGAUAAACAACAGGGUCAUUAUAGCAGAGGUACAGGAAAAGUCACAGGCAAAAGAAACAUAUCAAAAUGCUAUCGAAAAUGAAUAUGUUGGAUUGUAUAUGGCAAUGGACGAUGAUUAUGCUGAUGUGUUUCGUCUGAAGUUGGGAAAUCUUCCCGGAAAGAAGUCCGCCAAGUUAACAUUUGCAUACGCCAGAGAAGUUGACAUGGAAACAGAUGACAUUGGGAUAUUAACACUACCUACAGUUCUCAAUCCUAGAUAUGUUCCUGACACAGGAAGCAGUCCAUUCCCACAAUCUGAUGGAGCAACUGGAGGGGAGCUCAAAAUCUUUUCCUCACUGUUUGACAAAGGUAUGCUGUAUAUGGAGGACUUUUUCAUCAAUUUCGAGGUUAAAGUCGCUGGAGGUGGGAAUGGCUGCCUUUCCUCGGAAAAAAUAACAAUGGACGUCAAUGCAGAUAGAAUGUUGACAUCCUUGAAAACUGUGUCAAGGAGACCAGAACUUGGAACGGACUUUGUUCUAGAGCUGCAUUAUAAAGGAUUUGACAAACCAUGUGCAAUUUUGGAGAAAGGGAAGGAUGAUAAUGAAAGUGGCUUCCUAUCGUCAGAUGUGUUGAUGGUAAAUUUUUCCCCCUUGUUUUCCAACUUACAAACCAAUGCUUUGCAUGAAUUCGUUUUCUUAAUUGAUCGUUCUGGUUCUAUGGGAUCUCGCAUUGGAAAGGCGAAAGAAACAUUACUUCUUCUCUUAAAAAGCUUGCCGGUCAACUGUUCCUUUAAUGUUGUGAGCUUUGGCAGUGAAUACUCACUUCUUUUUCCGAAGAGUGAACCUUACUCAGAAGAAAGCAUGGAGAAAGCAAUGGGCCUUCAGAGAGAGAUGGGAGCUGAUAUGGGUGGAACUGAGAUUUAUCGAGCUUUAUUGAAAGUUUUCGAAGAUAAACCGGUCAAGGUUACCAGACAGGUGUUUUUGCUGACAGAUGGUGAAGUUGGUAAUGUUCAAGAGAUUGUUAAAUUAGUGAGGAGUCAAACUAACACAAGGGUAUUUACUUUCGGGAUUGGUAAUGGGUGUUCAACUGAAUUGAUAAGAGAUGUAGCAAAGGCGGGUAAAGGAAAGGCAACGUUUGUCCGAGACAGUGAAAGACUACAAAAUAAGGUUAUGUCUGUCAUGAAAUGCAGUCUCUGUCCAACAAUAAAAGACUUGUCCUUAACAUGGAGUUUACCAGACGGAUGCUCAAUCUUAAAUGUUCCUAAAGAAGUACCCACAAUUUUCCAAGGAGAUCGACUGAUUUUGUAUGGAAUGAUAUCAGGAGAAAUUUCGAAAGAGACAAACGUUAAAAGCUCUUUGAAAAUGAUUGGUAAAUCUGGAGAGUUGCCCGUGGAAUAUGGUUUAGAGUUUGAUCUGGAUUCAACUGUUGGCAAAAAUGAUGAGGUUUUUCUAUUGCACAGACUUGCUGCAAAAGCCAGGAUAUCAGAGCUUGAAAUGGAGGAAAGCGGAGAUACGAAGAUGUUGACAGCAUUGAGCACAGCGGCAAACAUUACAUGUAGAGAAACAGCUUUUGUUGGAUUUGACAAAAACAACAGAGAUGUUUUAGCACAAGCUGGACAUCAGCUGGAACCAGCAUUUGACGGCUACAUACAACACAGCCUGUGUUUAAGAUCAUACGGGUUAAUGGACAUGGGUGAUAAUUGUAAACGUUCAUAUGGAUUUACAGGGUUUCGAUUUCAUUUUGAGAAUCCAUUUAAAAAAGUGACGGACGUUUUCUCAGGGAUUUUUUCUAAGAAGAAAGGAAAAGCUAAAAAUAAGAAAAAGAACUCUAAAGAGAGUGUGCCUUCACUGAAGAAAAAAGAUUCAGUUCGAGAAGAUGAGAAAACUACAGUUAUGAUGGAACUCAUUGAAUUGCAGAAGUUUGAUGGAUCAUGGGAACUCACCAGAAGUUUUGCCGAUCUUCUCAGAAAAGAGUUUUGACGAUUUAAAGGAAUCAUCUGUAGUGCAGAAUCUCAGUGUGUGGGCAACCGGGCUGGCGAUAGCAUAUUUAAGAAAAGAAUGCUCAGCGCAUAAAAAAGAAUGGGAGUUAAUAGAAGAGAAGGCAUUGAAAUGGCUGGAAACCAUGGAGUUAGAGGGAAAAGACGUUAUAUUACUUGCUGAAAGUGUGAUUGAGUAGUUAAUUAGCAUUGAUUAAAACUAUCAGGAGACACCAUCUUUCAUUCAAAGUUAUUCAUUUGUAUGUAAAGAGUAUCACAAGAGAGGAUCAUUUGUUUGUUUGUUUUA